AUGGAGAAGUCCGGGAAGAUCUUUGCCAGUGUCCUCCUGGUUGUGCUCUCUGUGGAAAUCUGCUUGGCUCAACAUUGGUCUUACGGUCUGCAACCAGGCGGGAAAAGGAACGCUGAAAACCUGGUAGAAUCGUUUCAAGAGAUCCCAAAUGACAUGGAAAAAUUAGGGGAAGUGGAGAAGACGGAAUGCGCAGGCUCCUACCGGCCGCCCAGGCUCAGCGAUCUGGAGGAAGCCAUGGAAAGUCUGAUGGGAGGAGAAGCUAGAGGAAAGAAGAUUUAA